GUGCGCUUAGGUUUUCAACGCAAACAUUUUUGCUAUACAGCGCAUCGUAACCUCUUGUUUUGUGCGUAUCAUCCGUGUUGGGCAAUAUUCUAAUUAUAAUUACCGUUGGUUAUACACCGUCAACUUAGUAGGCAACAAAAUGGUUAACGUAACAAUCUACGACGAGGCACCGAAGCUUAAGCCCAACGAAGUACCGCAAAACAUGGCUGCCGGAGCUGAUACCCAAUUAGAGCACAUGUGCCGCCUGCAGUUCGACUCGCCCGUACCCCAUGUCCGCUUGUCCGGCAUUGUGUGCACCAUCGGUCCCGCAUCCCGCAGUGUGGAGAUGCUGGAGAAGAUGAUCGCUACUGGCAUGAAUAUUGCGCGCAUGAACUUUUCGCACGGCUCGCACGAAUACCAUGCUGAGACGGUGGCCAAUGUGCGACAGGCUGUCAAGAACUAUUCGGCCAAGUUGGGAUAUGAGCUUCCAGUGGCUAUUGCCCUGGAUACCAAGGGUCCUGAGAUCCGCACUGGCCUGAUCGGUGGCAGUGGUACUGCUGAGAUUGAGCUGAAGAAGGGCGAGACCAUCAAGUUGACCACCGACAAGGCAUUCCUCGAAAAGGGCUCCCUCGAAGUGGUCUAUGUGGACUACGUGAACAUUGUCAACGUUGUGAAGCCGGGCAAUCGCGUCUUUGUCGACGAUGGGCUCAUCUCGCUGGUGGUCCGUGAAGUGACCAAGGACUCGGUCACCUGCGAAGUGGAGAACGGUGGUGCUCUUGGCUCCCGCAAGGGUGUCAAUCUGCCCGGCGUGCCAGUCGAUUUGCCAGCUGUGUCCGAGAAGGACAAGUCCGACUUGCAGUUCGGCGUGGAGCAGGAUGUGGACAUGAUCUUCGCAUCGUUCAUUCGUAAUGCUGCCGCUCUGACUGAAAUCCGCAAGGUGUUGGGCGAAAAGGGCAAGAACAUUAAGAUCAUCUCCAAGAUUGAGAACCAGCAGGGCAUGCACAAUCUGGAUGAGAUCAUUGAGGCCGGUGACGGUAUCAUGGUUGCUCGUGGCGAUCUCGGCAUUGAGAUACCCGCCGAGAAGGUGUUCCUGGCCCAGAAGGCCAUGAUUGCACGCUGCAACAAGGCCGGCAAGCCCGUUAUUUGCGCCACCCAGAUGUUGGAGUCCAUGGUGAAGAAGCCACGUCCCACGCGUGCCGAAAUCUCUGAUGUGGCCAAUGCUGUGCUUGAUGGUGCCGACUGUGUCAUGUUGUCCGGCGAGACCGCCAAGGGCGAAUACCCGCUUGAGUGUGUGCUGACCAUGGCCAAGACGUGCAAGGAGGCCGAAGCUGCUCUUUGGCAUCAGAAUCUUUUCGCUGAUUUGGUGCGUGGUGCCUCAGCUUCCACUCUGGAUGCUCCCCAUGCGGCGGCCAUUGCCGCUGUCGAGGCUGCGAACAAAGCCAAGGCAGCCGCCAUUGUGGUGAUCACUACCAGCGGCAAGUCCGCCUUCCUGGUGAGCAAGUAUCGCCCACGUUGCCCAAUCAUUGCAGUCACGCGCUUCGCACAAACUGCUCGCCAGGCUCAUCUCUAUCGUGGCCUAGUGCCUCUUAUCUACAAGGCAGAGCCCGCACUCGGCGACUGGCUGAAGGAUGUUGAUGUGCGUGUCCAGUUCGGUCUGCAGGUGGGCAAACAGAACGGCUUCAUCAAAGCAGGCGACGCCGUGGUCAUUGUCACUGGCUGGAAGCAGGGCUCCGGCUUCACCAACACCAUUCGUAUUGUUACCGUCGAAUAAACCGGUCGCUGUGACUGGAGAUUCAUGCAUCACUAUGCUGGCGUUUUAAGCGCCUGUGCGUGCAUAAAUUACUGUUAUUAACCAAGUUAAUUUAUUUAAAAUUCUCAACAACUAUAUACGGAUUAUUGGAUAUCGAAAUUGAAUACAUUUACCCGCUGCCAAAGCGCCACAGAACGGUUCGCAGGCGUGGAGCCGCUCUCACACACAGCCACACACACACACAUAUACACAAAUCUAAACAUGCAGAAUAAUUUAUCAUUGUUAAAUAUAGAGUUCUUUAUAGUAACAAGGAUUAAUAAAAACUAUAUGUAUA